UAUAUGUUUCAGUUUUGAAAUUCAAACUCUCUCAGUAGCGAAGACAGGCACGUCGCCGUUUCUCUAUUCCUACAACGUGACCGGCCACGAUGGACCGGUGUUGUCAGUUCAUUCGUUGCAUAGCAUCGCCGCCACCGGUUCUUCAGACAUGUCAGCAAAAAUUUGGGACUUGAGAAAGCUGGUAUGCGUGCGAUCGAUAAAUGGUCAUUCUGGCCCUGUCACCUCUGUUUUGUUCGGUCAGACGCCGGAUAGGCUGUUUACAGUAUCUGGGAAGUUUGUGAACGUUUGGGACUUGCGCGCUUUCAGAAGGAUCCAAGUUCUGUGUUCGAACGGUUUGGCAUCUGAUGAUGCAAACGCGAGCAAUUUAGUCAAAGCUGAUUCACAGCCGGCUUAUGACAUGGUCAUCAAGCAGAUAGACAUGAGCUCGUCUAGCGACUACCUGUUCACCAUGUCGUCUUCGCAGAUUCGGAUAUGGGAUUUACGAAACUACUUUGCCGUUGGAAAAAUGAUCCCUCUUCGUGACAGCGUCAAUACGGAGUUUUGUUGUUUCAAAGCAUGUUCGUCGUUGGAGCGCUUCAGUGGUGACCAGGUUUUCGUUGGAUGUAAGGAUCACUCUAUCAAAAAAUAUUCCCUUCCCGCCAAAAAUCUUUGCGAAGUAUUUGAACCAGAGCUGUCGUUCGAACUUUUUCACAAAGACGAAGUCAAGUGCUUCGCUGACAACAGAGGCAGCUUGUUCACCGGCGGGGACGACAAGCAGAUCGUCAAGUGGAACGUGGUAUCCGGUCAUUGCGUCCAGCAGACGACGGCAGCUCACAAAUACGGCAUAUCAGCGUUGGACGUUAUGCCCUAUCCGCACGACGAUGUGCUGCUUUCCGCCUGUCGAGGUGGCUAUUUGAAGUUGUGGAAAAGCGACGGAUGCGAGUACAUCGCAAGUACGCAGGCGCAUACCGAGCCUAUCAAUUGCAUAUCCAGCACGGCCGAUGGGCUGGUGCUGACGGCGUCCAGGUGA